AUGGCUCCUGGAGGGCGAGAGCUAGCCCACAGCCACGUGUGUCCUCCACACUGGUGGUCGCAGCCUGCGCUGGGCUCGGAACCUGGCGGCUGCCAGGUCCUGGUUUCUGUCUCCACGCCUUCCUCUGCCCGGCUUUCCCUGCCCCUUCGGAAAGAAGAAGUGCCCCUGCCCGCCACUGCCCCAGAGAGCUCCCCUGGGCUGCUGUGGAGGAGAGUGACCGGCAUAUCCAGUCAGGCAUGUCCAGGGCCUAACACGGGCAGCCGCCCACAGGCAGAGAUUCCCUGGCCCGGGAGGGCAGUGCCCCUGACCUGUGGCAUUCCUGCUCAGGCCCUGCUCUCGGUGCGGUCAGAGGUCAGUGGUGAGAUCUCUGCCUCACAGUCCCGCGGGGGGCACUGGCCAAUCUGUGAGCCUAGCGGCCCUCGUGAGGUGGACGAGGUUCCCCUGAGAAGCCCGGGCUUGGUCAGCUCUGCAUCUCUGAGUGCCCUGUCCACGUGCCCUGGGCUCUGUCGGUCUGGAGAAGCAGCCCCCAGCCACACCCUCUCAUCUCGGGCUGUUGGAGGACGGCACGCUCUGGUGUUUAGCCCUUGCAGAGUGGCCGUGGCUGGUGCUAUUCCUGCCGCUCCUCUGGCCGGCCGAGCCUUUGAUCCUGGCGAGUCUGUGGUAGUGGUCAGCAGCCUCUCUGGAGGCCAGCGCUAUCAACGGGCCGAGAUCUCCCCAGAGGGACACAUGGAGACAAUUUACCUCCGAUGGAGACACUGCGAGACCCCGGGCGUGGAGACGCUCUGCAACCUCAGGAAGCUCCUGAACAGGCUCCAGCGGGCACACCGGGAGCACGUCCUGCUGUACACGUCCGGGCACCUGAACCACCACAACCUCUACCAGCCUCCGCGGCAGGAAGGCUUCCGCUGGGCCAACUCCCGGCUGCCCCCGUUGGCCAGGGGCGCCGAGGGGCGGCCGCCGCCCGAGAAGGUGGCCCAGAUGGCGGACGCGCUGGUGCACUUCACCCUCCACACGGCCCUGACGCCCGACGAUGCCGAGGGCUCCCGGCUGUUCCGGUUCCUGAACCUGGCGCCGCCAGACGUGCCGCACCCCUCGGAGGAGGACCUGCUCCUGGAGUGCCGGCCCGGAGCACUGUCCCCGGAGAGGCCCCGCAAGGAGGAGCUGCGCUGGCCGGAGCUGAAGGUCCUGAAGACCAAGUACUGGAGGAGCAGCCGGAAGUGCGGGCAGAGCCCAGGCCCGGACCGGUACCAGUACGUGAGCACCUACCUCGCCGGCAUCACCAAGGAGGACCAGUACAGGGAAUUCCUACGCUUCCAGAGAGACGUCCUGGCCAAGCAGGACCUGCUGAGCAGUGAUUUCACUGGGUCCCAGGCGGCGCUGGCCCUGGAGAGGAAGCUGGAGCGGGAGCUGCAGAAGGUCUGCACGUGCGACGCCCUUGACUUCAACCGAAUGCACGUGUGUGGGCAGCUCUUCCAAGACAUCUGCGAUAGUUCUCUGAUAUUCGGCGACCUGCUGAAGGAGAUUAAGGACGAGUACGAGCUCUACAUGGCCAUUCUCCUGCACACGCAGCCCUCCGCACAGUAUCAGGCCCUGCGGGCUCAUGUCAGGGCCAUGGAGCAGAGGACCCUGAAGACGGAGGAGGUCAGCCAGGCCAAGGAGGAGCUGAAGGCCCUCGUGAAGGUCGUCAAAGCAGCGCUGGAGCAUAAUGACAAAGUCCGAGAGGAGCUGGAGCUGGAGCAGCUGCGGCCGCAGGCGCACGAGGCCAAGCCAGAUUUCUCUAAGACGGAUCCAGUGGAUGAUGAAUGCCUCACUCACAUUCAGAAGGUUGAAGCAAAGCGAUGUGAAAUACUUAACAAAUGGGAUGAAAUCAAAGCUAUUGAAAAUGAAAUUAAAACAAAUAUGAUUCAUAUAGGAGCUUUAAAUAUUUCAGAGAAUAAAUAUAAAAGCAUUGAGGCCGAAACUCAAAAGUUGGAGAUAGAAAUUAGGAUCUUAAAGAAGAAUAUAACUAUCAUCGAGAAGCAACUAAAGCAUAGAAUAGAGAGAACAAAAAUGAAUGAGAAGAAGCAGCGGAGACUUUGGAUGUUUAUUAAUGAUUUUGUGAGCCUGGACAGUAAUUGCAAUGAUACUGACUUGACUGGAAAAACGACCAGUGAAACAAAUCUCGCAUCACUCUCGUAG